UGUUGCCUUGGCAGCUUGGCUCGUGGCCCUCAAGCCAAAGGUUGCUAAAUGAUAUGUAUCAAAUUCAUUUACGCGAAAUUUUUUCAGAUUUUAGGACCAAAUUUGAAAUUGGAGUGGGUAAUUAAAUACUAUACUGAUCCUUUGAGCAAAACCGCAGAAAGCGCUUGAACGGCUUGAUGCUCUGAAGUCCGUGUUCUGAAUAGCUUGACGUUGUUAAUUUUGGACCUCUUUCCUGUGAGUGCCCCGUGACAAUGAGCGUGGGUUUAGGACUGAUUCCGGGCAUAGAAAAAGAAGUAGAAGAGUUGGAAAAAAUAUGCAGCCCUCAAGGAAUUCGUAGAGGUACCCCACUGAACCGUGAUGAUAUGGUCGAAAAACUCACCACUGCCGAAGCACUCAAUCAGGUCGCCACGGCACAAGAGGUGGUUAUGACUGCAUGGAAAGACGUGGAGGCAAAUGUCCAAAUGAAACGUAAUAGACUCAGAACUUUAAUCGUACACUGGCAGGCGAUGCUGCGUACUAUAGAUGAACUGAGGAAACAGCAAAACGAGAAAACAGUGCGGUACGUGAUAGGCCAUCAGAUGCAGUCCAGAGCUGCCGUUGUUCCCGAUGGAAAAGUUGUUUUGGACAUAGGGGCCAACGUUUAUGUGGAUUUUUCUUACGACGAAGCCGACGAGAGGUUGCAGAAAGCUCUUUCUCUUGGUAAAACAUGUUCCGAUCGCUUGACAAAUUGCCUUGAAGAGUGCAAACGCAAUAUUGUGAUUUCUGAAGUCAAUUUAUCCCAGUUGCACAAUUAUUCCGUGGAAAUCAGGGAUACAUUGUUGAAGCGGGCUGGAUGAAUGUCAGAUAUCCAUUCAGCCAUGCGUUCUUGGAAUUCAUUAUUUCCUCGCGGACCUUUUAAAGUUUCACACAAUUAUGACAUCUUGAAUUCGGCCAUUGUUUUUGUAUGCUGGGGAUUGCAAAUAAUUUUCUAUGGUGUAUGCGGCUUCAGUAAAACGUUUUAGAAAUAUAUCUUAGGUUGUUGAAGCAUCACAACCAAUAAUAUUUAUUUUCAGCUAACGUUCUUGGUUUACCUAACGAAUUAAUUCGAGAUCGACCAAAUAAAACCCUG